UAAGAACCCCAUCAACCCAAAACGCCGUCCUCUCCUCCGUCCUCAUCGCCAUGGCCCGCACUCGAGGCCAAGCUGCCGCCCAGAAAGGGUUCGCAUCACCGGCGCCAAAGGCCCAAGAACCCCAGGGUAUCCAGUUGCGUAAAGGCGCAAGCCAGCGUGCCGAGUCCAAUCGCCGUAUACGUCCGUCUGCGAUCAGGGAGACGCCGUCUCAACAGGAUCCGCCGGCGCUGCAAAGCAAAGGUCGCAAGCGCAAGCAACGGAUCGAGCCUGGUGCGGCCCGAGAACGCCGUGGACCGAAGCGACAACCGAUAUCCCCUACACGCCCUGCCGGAGAUACAAUUGGGAACUGGCCCUCACAGACGGUUUCCACCAUGAACCGUCUACUUGCGCGGAAGAAAUCUACUCUAUCCCGGAAGCGAUCGAACUCUGAUAUAUCGAAGACCCCUAGCGACCAGAAGCCAAGGGAGGAGAAGAGCGCGCAAUAUCGGGACCAGCGUUAUGAGACCCUGCUCCAGUUCAACGGCAGCUAUAUGACGAAAGCUCCUGGAGGCUUAGCCAGUGCCAGCCAGGAUCUUUGUCGAUCUCUCCUCGAGAACCCGCAGCCAGUUCCCGGUGAUACACUCUUCCAAGACGAUAUCUUCGAAACAACAUGCGAGAAGAUACGUAACAAAAAUGAGGCACGAGUAAUUCAAGAUAUCAGUAGGCUGAUUGUCCCUUCAGCCGAAAGUCUUGCUACAUUUGGUGCAAAGCACCUUGACAUCCUGAUCGAAAGCGUCAACGAAGGGUGGAGCAACUCGAUGCCUCUUACUGGUACUCGUCCGCAGCCUGACUACUCUGUUGGGUUUAGACGAGAGGCGUUCACCAAGGACCAGCUCGCCAAGCUGUCGCCAUGUAUUGGCGACCUCAUCGCCGGAGACGCCUCCCCGGUGAUGGCUACGUACUAUAUGUACUUCCCCUUCCUGACCUGCGAGGUGAAGUGCGGCACUGCAGCGCUCGAUAUCGCAGACCGGCAGAACGCCCAUAGCAUGACACUUGCGGUACGGGCUAUCGUCGAUCUCUUCCGUGCCGUAAAACGUGAAGAUGAGGUCAACCGGAAAAUCCUCGCCUUCUCUAUCUCGCACGACAAUACUUCGGUCCGGAUCUACGGCCACUACCCGGUAAUAGCAGGGAACGACACCAAGUACUACCGGCAUCCGAUCCACAAAUUCGACUUUACCGCGCUUGACGGAAAGGACAAAUGGACGGCAUAUCGAUUUACGAAAAACGUCUACGAUAUAUGGAUGCCCGAGCAUUUUAAGAACAUCUGCUCCGCCAUCGACCAGUUGCCGUUGGAGUUAGACGUUGAUGCCCCACCACUUUCCGAUACAACAACCGGGCUUUCCCAGGAUCUAGGGGGCUUGAUGCAGUCAGAUGCCGGCUCCGUGUCACAGGACAGCCAGUCAAGCAACGCUAGACAACAAGGUCGCACCCCAGACACCUCCUUUACAGUGCCGGGGAAGAGAAGGAAGGGUUAAGUCAAGCAGCAGUUUGGACGGGGUAGCGACUUUCCAGCUGGAGUUCACGUGACACAUGUUGUACGAAUCAUGGCCAAAAUGAUCGCACACCUGAAA